AAUAGGCAUCAUAAAUUGGUGCAUAAGUUUAGAAUGGCUAGGGCAAAUCCGUGUUCUCCUUCUGCUCCUAGGGUGGCUAUACAUUUUAUGGGUGAUGAAGGCGGUGGUCAUGGUGACCGUUUUUCUGGUCCUGCUUCAUGUGAGGUGGCUGCUCUUAUUGUCGGCGAUUACACGCCUGAAUGUAAAAGAUUUGAUGUUAUUGCUGAAACUCGCUCUGGUUUUCUUCAGCAUGUCUCUUCGUUGAAUUCGAGUCUUAUUCCCCUACAGUAUCCUCUGUUAUUUCCCUUUGGUGACAAAGGAUUCCAUCUUGGUAUCAAGUAUAUUGCUACUGUUGGGUUUCAUGGAGAUGGGCAUUGUAAUAUUGGUGGACGUUUACGUGGUCGUUCUUCUCGAGGGCAAGUAUCUAUGAUGGAAUAUUAUAAUUAUUACUUCCAUUAUAGACGGGGGGAGCCAAAUCCUUAUACCUGUUGCGGUCGUUUGAGCCAGCAGAUAGGUGUGAAUUCUUAUUCUUGUGUGGAAGCUAAUCGUUUGGACUUUCACUUUCAGCAACAAGAUGAUUUAUGUUCUGAGACGUAUCAAGGUAUUACUGAUGCUGUCGGACAGGGUGCAUCAACUGGUGAGAAUUUGGGGAUUCAGUUUAUAUUACAUUCGAGUUUUACGGGUGGACCUCGGUACAUGGUGCUUAAUUACCAUGAUGGUAUGGCUAUUUGUCGCGAAUAUGGUGCUCCCGGUCUUUUUGUCACUUUUACAUGCAAUCCAAAGUGGCAAGAAGUUGGUGAUGCUCUCGCAUAUGAAGGUGGUCAGACUCACGUUGAUCGUCCUGACAUUGUUACGCGUGUUUUCAAUAUAAAAUUUGAAGAAUUUUUAGAAGAUGUAAAGGAUGGAUCAGCAUUUGGAGCUAUUCAAGCUUAUUUGUAUGUGGUGGAAUUUCAAAAGAGAGGGCUUCCUCAUACUCAUACUCUUAUCUGGCUUAAAGAGAGUACGAAGGAUCCUUCGCCUGCUUUUAUAGAUAAUCUGGUGUGUGCUGAGUUACCAGAUCCAAUGGUUGACCCUUUGGGAUAUAUACUUGUGGAUGAAUUCAUGGUUCACGGCCCAUGUGGUAUGUUGGAUGACAAGUGCCCUUGUAUGAAAGAUGGCACUUGCUCAAAGCGAUUUCCAAAGUCUUUUAACAGUGAGACGAUGGUGGAUGAGAUGGGGUUUCCUGUAUAUCAUCGACGCCCCUCUGCUAAUUUUGUUCUUAGAAAGAAGGGGACUCUUCGUUUGGAUAAUCAAUGGGCCCUGAUGUAG